GGAACUACGUCACAACAUUGCCCACGCUGCAUCUUUUUCACAACGUGAGGAGACAGCACGGUACGGUUUGCUUGAAGUCGUCCCAACAGAAAACACAUAAUUUGGGCUCAAGAUGCUGAAUGACAGCGAGGCCAAGGAGCUGUUGACGUUUUUGACGUUGGAGACGAGACCCGACGUGAAAAGCCAGGCCACCGAGUACAUCUUGGGUCUCACAGCAUCAAGAGACGGCUGCAGAUAUCUCAGAACCAAAACGGACUUUCUCAAAGCACUCCUCACACUCACAGCGGACAAAUCAGUGGCUAUAGUAAAGGACUGCUAUCACGCUCUCGUUAACCUCUCCGCAGACGAGACACUGCACCAGGCCUUGGUCAAAGAUGCAGACAUUUUACCAACACUUCUCCGCAAUUUGCUGGAUCCAGAGUACAUGUUUUCAGACCGUAUUUGCACCAUCCUCAGCAACCUAUCACGACACGAGAGGACGUGCAAAGACCUGUUCGAGGUUCUACAGGCGCAGGAGGGUGUCGGCUUGGCCAAAAUAGUGGAGAUCUUUUGCACAGAGGGCUACAACAAGGCAGCCCCCCUGCAUUACUUGGGGCUUCUACUGUCAAAUCUCACACAGUUGCCUGAGACGAGACAGUUCAUCCUGGACAAAGAGAGGUGCGUAGUUCAGAGACUCCUUCCGUACACACAGUAUGAAGAGUCAGUCUUGCGGAGGGGUGGAGUGGUGGGCACUCUCAGGAACUGCUGCUUCGAUUAUGUACACCACGAGUGGUUGCUAAGCGACGCGGUGGACAUCUUGCCCUUCCUGCUACUGCCAUUGGCCGGGCCCGAGGAGCUAUCUGAGGAGGAGAACGAAGGAUUGCCAGUGGACCUACAGUACCUGCCCGAGGACAAGAAGAGAGAGGAGGAUCCCGACAUCAGGAAGAUGCUCAUCGAGACCCUGCUGCUCCUGUCGGCUACUAAGCCUGGGAGAAAGGUCCUGAAAGAUAAGAACGUCUACCCCAUCAUGAGGGAGUUUCACAAGUGGGAGAAGGAACCUGACGUGGUGGCUGCCUGCGAGAAACUAGUCCAGGUGCUUAUUGGAGACGAGCCAGAGGGUGGGAUGGAGAACUUGAUGGAGGUGGAUAUCCCAGAGGACGUGCAGCAGAAACUCAAAGACCUGGACGCCAAGGAACAAGAGCAGCUGGAGAAGGAACAGCAAGAGCUGAGAAAAGCAGAGGAGGAGGAGAAGAACCACCAGCACCAGCAGCCUUCUGAAGACCCACAGAGGUGAUCAACAUGACCAUCUAGUGCUAGUCCAUCAACAACAACAACAACAAAACAAAGUAUGUCUUUGUUUGUCUUUUCAAAUCAGACUGCUAUCAAUCUAUGAUGACAUUUGUGAGGAUCUGCAGAGGUGAUCAAAAUGACCCUCUACCAUCAACGACAAUGACGGCAAAAACAAAAACAAAAAUCUUUUGUUUGUCUUUUCAAAUCAGACUGCCCCUCUAUCCAUCAACAACAAGGAAAAAAUGUUUUCUUCAUUUGUCUUUUCAAAUCAGACUGCUAUAAUCGAUGAUGGUGACAUUUGUGUGUCAAACUACUGUAUGGAGUAGAUUGCAGUAAACAUCACACACCCUUUGCAGGCCUGCAGAGGUGAUGGAAAUGUCUAAAAUAUUGUAAGUGAUGAUGUUUUUAAGAAUGACUGUGGAGUGAUGACAUAUCAUGGACACUUUCAUGGACACUUUUUAAUCUUGGCGGGAAGUUAAAAGUAAAAUAUGCUAUUGGCACCAAA